AUGAAGAGCUGCGCCGCCAAGGGGAAGCUGCAGGGGCGGCAGACAAGUGCUGCAGACAGAGCAGCAGCAGCAGCAGCCGCCAAGGGGAAGCUGCAGGGGCGGCAGACAAGUGCUGCAGACAGAGCAGCAGCAGCAGCAGCAGCAUCAGCAGCAGCAGCAACGCCAGACAACUUGAGCCAGUCGAGCAGCAGCAGCGCCUCUGCAGCACACGAUGGAGGCUGGAGAAAACGCGAGACGCAGCAGCAGCAACGGCAGCAGCAGCAGCAAGAAAGACGAACGCAAGCACAGCAACUUGGCGGCCGCUGCAGCAGCAGCAGCAACACCCUUCAGCACCCGGCGGAGGCAGAUGACCUGGCAAAGAGCUGCAGCAGCUGUUGCACCUGGAGUUAG